GUCAGGCUAUCCCACAGAUGCUUACCUCUCACCCUUUCUUCUUUUCAGCAAACUUUCUUGAUAACAUGCUUUUGCGAAGUUCAGGAAAAUCAAACGUGGGCACCAAGAAAGAGGAUGGUGAGAGCACAGCCCCCACCCCUCGCCCGAAGAUCUUGCGUUGUAAGUGCCACCACCAUUGUCCAGAAGACUCGGUCAACAACAUUUGCAGCACUGACGGAUAUUGUUUCACGAUGAUAGAAGAAGACGAUUCUGGGAUGCCUGUGGUCACUUCCGGAUGCCUAGGACUAGAAGGCUCAGAUUUUCAGUGCCGGGACACUCCCAUUCCUCAUCAAAGAAGAUCAAUUGAGUGCUGCACAGAAAGGAACGAGUGUAAUAAAGACCUACACCCUACCCUGCCUCCGCUGAAAACCAGAGAUUUUGUCGACGGACCUAUACACCACAAGGCUUUACUUAUAUCUGUGACUGUCUGUAGUUUGCUCUUGGUCCUCCUCAUUUUAUUCUGUUACUUCAGGUAUAAGAGACAAGAAACCAGACCGCGGUACAGCUUGGGGUUGCAACAGGCUGACAUUCCUCCCGGAGAAUCCCUGCGAGACCUAAUUGAGCAGUCGCAAAGCUCGGGAAGCGGAUCAGGCCUCCCUCUGCUGGUCCAGAGGACUAUAGCUAAGCAGAUUCAGAUGGUGAAACAGAUUGGAAAAGGUCGCUAUGGGGAAGUUUGGAUGGGAAAGUGGCGUGGCGAAAAGGUAGCUGUGAAAGUCUUCUUCACCACAGAGGAAGCCAGCUGGUUCCGAGAGACAGAAAUAUAUCAGACGGUGUUGAUGAGGCACGAAAACAUCUUGGGCUUCAUUGCUGCAGAUAUCAAAGGGACAGGGUCCUGGACCCAGCUGUACCUGAUCACAGACUACCACGAAAAUGGUUCCCUUUAUGAUUAUCUGAAGUCCACCACCCUGGACGCUAAAUCAAUGCUGAAGUUGGCCUACUCUUCCGUCAGUGGCUUAUGUCACCUGCACACCGAAAUCUUCAGUACUCAAGGCAAACCGGCCAUUGCCCAUCGAGAUCUGAAAAGCAAGAACAUCCUGGUGAAGAAGAAUGGAACUUGCUGCAUAGCCGACCUGGGCCUGGCUGUUAAAUUUAUUAGUGAUACAAAUGAAGUUGACAUACCCCCCAACACUCGAGUUGGCACCAAACGCUACAUGCCACCGGAAGUGUUGGACGAGAGCUUGAAUAGAAAUCACUUCCAGUCUUACAUCAUGGCCGACAUGUACAGUUUCGGACUCAUCCUCUGGGAGGUUGCUAGGAGAUGUAUAUCAGGAGGUAUCGUGGAAGAAUAUCAGCUUCCCUAUCAUGACCUCGUGCCCAGUGACCCCUCUUACGAGGACAUGAGAGAGCUCGUGUGCAUCAAGAAGUUACGUCCCUCGUUCCCCAACCGGUGGAGUAGCGACGAGUGUCUGAGGCAGAUGGGGAAGCUCAUGACCGAGUGCUGGGCUCACAGCCCCGCGUCCAGGCUGACGGCCCUGCGCGUGAAGAAGACACUUGCCAAGAUGUCAGAGUCGCAGGACAUUAAGCUCUGACGGCAGAGAAAACGCGGGCAUCUCUGCGCGCAGCCGGCAGAUGCUCUUCUGUCUGUGGGCAGAGCGCAAGUCGUGAGCGGAGCAUCCACGCGGUACAGCCCUUGAACAUCGUCCUGUUUCCCAGUGGGUUCAGACCUCGCCUCUCAGGGACCACGCUGGACAGAGACAGCGACGUUCCCAGCAGCACAGAGCGAUCCGUGUCUGUCUGUAGGAGGGAGAAACCGCCUGGGUAACUUGUUCAAGAUACGAUGCAUGUUGCUUUCUAAGAAAGCCCUGUAUUUUGGGAUUGCCUUUUAUUUUUAUUUUUAUUUUUUAAAAAGAUGCUUUAAUGUUGCCAAAAUGAAACAAAUAAUGUGGA